AUGCAUUAUUGUUAUCACUGGUUGUUUUUAAAAAUACUUUCAUCAUCGCCUUGGCUAAAUUGUUUGCUAGUUCGGUACCACUGACAGGUUCAAUGGUUUUGCACGUAACUACACUUUUUUGGUUUGUUUUUGUCUUCUUUGCAAGUCUUAACCAUAACCACCAUACGUAUGGAAUAAAAAUGGAAACUUGUCGGACGUACAGUAUGUUGCCGCUGCCAUUGACAUUAUAGCAAUUAUGACGGUGUUUUUAGUAAAAACAUUUUCUUGGUCGCACCAAGUAGCAGUUUACCAGUGGGAGGAGGUGAGUCAGACCAAGUAAAAUCUAGGAAGAUUCCAGCACAGCCAUGCCCACGCUUUGAAUGCAACAAUGGGUCAAUCUGUGAUGUUGUCUUUCUUUGUCCAUGUUUUCCUGGUAUCCACUGGCAUUUUGUGUUUGGAGCCUCAGGAAGGAGCAGGUCUCUCUGCAGGUGCUCUAGACUUGCCAUGGCAAGACCAACUGUGCUGUGACUCACCCUCAGCGCAGGAGGGGGAGGAGGAUGGCACACCUGAGACAAACCGCUCUGUGUCAAACCUCCCACACCAUCCUCGCUGCUACUUGAAGAGCAAGGCCACAGGAUCAAGUCCUUAUAAGGCCUCUGGAGGCACCUGUUUGGACAUGCUGUGCAGGAUUGAUGAAAACUGGAAAACUUUGACUUGUGAUCUUGGGUCUCCCAGAACUCCAUCAGGCACGCUGAACGCUGCUCCUGUGGCAGUUAGCCUGCGGCGCUUGUUGUUUCAAAAAAAUGAUGAUCAAGUUAACAAGAUGACAAUGGAAUCUUAUAAACCUGUUGUCUGUGAAGCAAAGGAUUCCUGUAUAUGUUCAAUUCCACUUGACACCAUGAGCUUUGUUACUAUGGUAACUGUCAACAUCUCCGGCGCUGAUGCUGAACCAUUUCUUCUCAAUGUACCAGCUCGACCCGUGAAACCCAGGCCUCCUGUCAACCUCUCACAUUUCCAGACCAUCGAGCCAGACCUGAUUUUGCAAUGGGACGAGCCAAAAGACGAUGGUUCUGGCCCUUUAAGAUAUGAGGUCCGAUACUCAGAUGUCACCCAUCCUUCAUGGCAGGUGAUUUCUACAGGCCAAAAGCGCAAACUGAGUCUGGAUCUGAAGCCCAAAGUAACGUAUACUAUGCAGAUUCACUGCUCCGGUCUGCAUGACCCUCCACUGUGGAGCAACUGGAGUGAACCUUACGACAUCUACCUUGACACAGUGAGCUACAUCCCUGAAAAAGUGUUGGCCCACCCAGGAGAGAACGUAAGCAUUUAUUGUGUGUUCAACGACCACAGCAUCAAUGCCAGCUCCGCCGUGUGGAUGCUGAACUUCAAACAGUCUCUCCAUCCCAGCCAGUACCACACCGUCAACCAAUGGGUCAGUCAAAUUACAGUACGUCCAUCAGACUCUGGGUUGUAUGACCUGCUGCAGUGUACUGCUACAAAGGAGUGGGCCAUCCCUUACAGCCUCAUCUACAUAGAAGGAGCUUCUGUUGACAUCAGCUGUGAAACCAGUGGCGAUAUUGAUGCUAUGGACUGUAGCUGGCAAAACACACUGUGGCUUAAACUCACAUUUGAAUCCAGAUGGGCUGACCUUCCAUGCGAUGAGAUGGAGGACAGAGAGAAAAAGGGUGAGCGGGUUGGAGAGAUGGGGCCUAAAUGUCUGCCUGUCCGCUCCAAACCACAAGCCUGCUCCAUCCAGCCUAUACGAAUGACCUGCUACAAGCUGUGGCUGGAGGUGCUGUCCCAUCAGGGUCCUGUUAGGUCCAAACCUAUCUACAUAUCACCUAUAGAUCAUGUAAAGCCUCAUGCACCAACUAAUGUGAAAGCCGUGAGUCUGAGAAGUGGGGUCCUGAGGAUCACAUGGGAACCUCCAUCUUUGCCCGUGCAGGAGCUCCUGUAUCAGUUUCGUCUCCACUCCCCAUCGACCAUCAUAGCUCAGCAAGAGUGGAAGGUCUAUAAUCCAGUGCAAGUGCCAUGGGCAGAGGUUACGGUUCUGGACAUGUGCCGUGUUUAUGUGGUUCAGGUACGGUGCAUACCCACCAACCACACUGGCCAUUGGAGUGACUGGAGUGACUCAGUCUAUUCGAUACCUCAAAACAGUAGAGCUCCUGAAAAUGGGCCUGAUUUUUGGAGAAUUCUUCAAGAUGAUCCGCUCACAAACCGGACAAAUGUUACUUUGCUGUUUAAGCAUCUUCCAACAACGGGCCUCUCCUACUGCAUAAAUGGAUUUAUAGUACAACACCACACUGCAAAUGGCAUUUUGAAGAGUAAGAAGACUGAGAUAGCAUCCUCCUACAGCUUUGAGUGGGACCGAGAGGUCCAAACUGUGACGGUGGAGGCUUUCAACAGUCUGGGAGCAUCUAGAAACAACAUCAACAUGACACUGGAGAGAAGACCCAAACGCUACUGUGUGCGUUCUUUCCACGUGCUGUUUAUCAACAGUUCCUGUGUUUCUAUGCGUUGGAGCCUCCUGGACAGCAGCUCUGCUCCACUCUUCAUGGUGGUCCAGUGGGCACCACAGGGGGAAGAGGAAUCUGAUUCUAACAAAGUCCACAUUGGACAUGCAUGGACCAGGCUGCCUUUCACAGACCGUCCCAUCUACCUGAAAGGUGAUUUUUAUUCCACAAAGGAUUAUGGCUUCUACUUAUAUCCUGUGUUACCUGAUGGAGAGGGUGAGCCUGCCUUCGCAGUAGGUAUGCAUGCCACUAGAGGAGACCCUGCAACUUACAUGACAAUGCUGAUCAUUGUCGUCCUCUCCAUCAUCCUCUUUGUCACCCUGGUCCUCUCCCAAAACCAGAUGAAAAGGUUUGUUUGGAAGGAUGUGCCCAACCCAAAGAAAUGCUCCUGGGCAAAAGGACUCAACUUCAAGAAGGCUGACACCUUCGAGCAGCUGUUCCAGGUCUCAGAUGCACUGCCAGCCUGGCCGCUGCUGCUCCCCUCUGAGAACAUUUCCACAGUGGUCAUCAUGGACAAGACGGACCUCUCAGCUCUCAGCACAUCCUUAGUCCGAAAUCCGCUUAUGCCCCCAACUCCUGAUUUAGUCUCCCGUCCUUCCUUUCUUGACCAAAGCAGGCCAGUUGGCAACGAAGUUCUCGUAGGUGACAGGCGCCCCUCAUCCCCAGAUUUAGAUCUUUUAAACAGUCGUGGCCCGAGGAUAGAUGAGUCGCAGCUCAUGGAUCCCUCUCAGGGCAUCAGGGAGAGUUCAGCCCAAUCUUCAGUAGCAUACGCCACAGUGCUGCUCACAGACCCAAAGCAGGAGGAACAGUGCAUUCAUGACCAGGAUCAGGACGGCAGCAGCAGCAGCUCCAGUGACGAGGGCAAUUUCUCUGCCAACAACUCUGACAUUUCUGGAUCUUUUCCCGGUGGCCUGUGGGAGUUGGAGAGCUGUCAUGGCGGUGAGUUGGAUGACCCGCGGCGAUCCUGCUCCUACAACUCAGUGGAGGAACUUUCUGAAACAUCAGAUCAAGAAGAUGAUGCGACAGAAAGAAAGGACUUGUAUUAUCUGGGUAUGGACUACCCAGCUGAGGAUGAGGAGAGUGACGGAGAGACCACACAGAAAGAAGAGCUGCUGAAACAUGUCAUUUUCAACAGAGAUGUGGAUUCAGAACUUAUUUCAGCAUCCUCCUGUGUCUUUCCACCACUCUACCUGCCCCAGUUCAGAACUGCUGCCGACACCAGGAAGCUGCCAGAUUAGAAACCUCACAUGAUGCUCUGCAUUACGUCGCUUGUGUUGUGAACUGCAUCAUCAUGAAAGACUUUCAAAGGAAAAUCAGUUCCUGCAGACACAUUGACUGUGUCAAAAAGCUCUAAAUGGUGUAAAACCCCAGAGUGACGUUCAUCAAUGCUGCUAUUUUUUGUUCAGUGGGUGGUAAUGACCCUCACCAAUAGUCAUGUUUUGUUGUAAUUGGGCCUAUAGAGCAAAGUUACGGUCAAACUGCUAUUCUACAGCCAUGUUACAAUGGUUACUGAUGAGGGGAUGAAAGAUCAGGUCAUGUUCUAAAUAAAACAUGAAAUACGUUCAACACAAAGAAAAAAAAUGUUAAGAGUAAAGAUGGCUUUGACGUCACAUACGCUGUAUGGAUACUAAGUCAUAUCAUGAGUGACAUCCAUGAUUGUACGCUGUCGUCUCGUGAAUAAAACAAUAUUUAUGUACACCUGCACAAUAAUGCAAUUUAAAAGAAAAGCUGUUUGACAGUUGUCUGUACAAAAAUAAUUGUUACAUUGUUCAGGUGUACUGUAUUUAAUUGGUGUACUGUGUUUAAUUGAAGUGCUGAUGAGUUUAAAGCUGGAAAAAAAAAUCUAAUGAAUGAAAUUGCCGAAAAAAAGAGUAUCUGUUGUGUCACAUUGAUAUAUUUUGUCUACUUUUC